UUUGGCUUUGGUCCUCAAUUUCAAAUCACUCCAAAAAUUUCCUCCUCGACUGAACUUUGACGCCCUCCAUUGCUAAGCUCACUGGUACACCGAUAUCUCUGCGGCAAACUCCGUCGAUAUCUUCUCCGGUGAAAUUGAACCGGAUUUUUAAAACUUGUUGGUAGUGAAAUUACUUAUACGGUGUAUCCUUUUUCUGAUGGGAAUGAUGGAGAUCGAUGGGCGUGAAAGAAGUGUUGAAAUGAGGGAUCAUGAUGACUCUCCGGAUAAGGAGAGGUGGGAAGAUGGGCACUAUGAUUUGGAAGAAAGUGGGCAUGAUAAAUCUAAAGAUUCAAGUAAGCAUCGAAGCAAGGAUAGGAAAAGUAGCAGCCGAAGAGAAGAGAAAGAAUAUAAAAGAGAUCGUGAGAGUAAAGACUUGGAGAAAGAUAGGUCGUCAACUCGAGAUAGGAGGAAGGAGGAUAAAGAUCAGCGUGAAAGGGAUAAGACUAGGGAGAAGAUUAGGGAGAAAGAUAGCGAUAGGGACAAGUAUAAAGAUAAAGACAGGGAAAGAGAUAAAGACCGUAGAGAUCGUGGAAAAGAAAAGGAGCGAGACCGGGAGUUGGAAAGGGAUACUGAGCGGGUGAGAGAGAAGGAGAGGGGGAAGGACAAGGGCAAGGACAAGGAGAAGGAUAAAGAAAAGGAGAGGGUCAAGGAGAAGGAAAGGGAGAAGCACAGAGAUAGGGAAAAGGAAAAAGAAAGGGAACAUGACAGGGAAAGAGGUAGAGAUGCAGUUGACAAGGAAAAGGGAAGAGAGAGAACUAAAGAGAAGGGGAGGGAAGCUGAUGAGGAUAAGGAGAGGUCAAGAGACAAAGAUAGAGGCAACCGUAGGCAGCGAGACGAGGGUCAUGAUAGGAGUAAGGACAGGCGGAAGGAUGAUGUGCAAAGAGUUGAUGAUGAAGAUUCUGAUUAUCAGGAUGUGGCCAAGCAAGAAAUUGUUUCUUAUGAGGAUGACGAUAGGGCACGAAAUAAUGCAGUUGAAACAGCUGGAUCACAAUCUUCUGCUUCAGAACUGGAGGAACGCAUUCUGAAGAUGAAGGAAGAGAGGUUGAAGAAAAAAUCAGAAGGUGCUUCUGAGGUGAUGACAUGGGUUAGCAAGAGCCGUAAGAUUGAGGAGAAAAGGAAUGCUGAGAAAGAGAGAGCGUUGCAGCUUUCAAAGAUUUUUGAAGAGCAGGACAAAAUGAAUGACGAAGAAAGCGAUGACGAGGAGAAAGCUCGGCUAGCUGCAAAAGAGCUAGGUGGGAUGAAAGUACUGCAUGGGCUUGACAAAGUAGUUGAAGGUGGGGCAGUUGUCUUGACACUCAAAGAUCAGAGCAUACUUGCUGGUGAUGAUAUUAAUCAAGAGGUUGAUGUGCUUGAAAAUGUGGAAAUUGGAGAACAGAAGAAGAGGGAUGACGCUUACAAGGCUGCAAAAAAGAAAACAGGGAUCUACGAUGACAAGUUCAAUGACGACCCUGGUUUUGAAAGGAAAAUAUUACCACAAUAUGAUGACCCGACUGAAGAGGAGGGUGUUACUCUUGAUGCAACUGGAGGAUUCAGUGUUGAUGCAGAGAAGAAACUGGAGGAGCUCCGGAAAAGGAUUCAGGGGUCUUCCUCAAAAACUCUGGCUGAAGAUCUCAAUUCUUCUGGGAAAUUAUUGUCUGACUACUACACUCAAGAGGAGAUGCUUCAAUUUAAGAAGCCCAAGAAGAAGAAAUCACUGAGGAAGAAAGAGAAGAUGGACCUAGAUGCCCUUGAAGCGGAGGCCAGAUCCUCUGGAUUGGGUGUUGGUGAUCUUGGUUCUCGCAACAAUAAGACAAGGCAGGCCCUUAGGGAGGAAAUGGAGAGAGCAGAGGCAGAGACAAAGAGCAAGUCUUACCAGGCUGCUUAUGCCAAGGCUGAAGAGGCAUCUAAAGCACUUCGACCCGAGAAGACUAAUAACAACCAGAGAGAGGAAGAUGAUAUUGUAUUUGAUGAUGAUGAGGAGGAGCUUAGAAAAUCCUUAGAAAGAGCCAGAAAGCUUGCUUUGAAAAAGCAAGAGGGCCUCGCCAAAACCUUUCCAGAGUCCAUUGCUUCACUUGCCAUUUCCCGUGCAAAUGAUUCAACCAUGGAUAAUCCAAGUUCUGUAUCUGGAGAGCCACAAGAGAACAAGGUUGUCUUCACAGAGAUGGAAGAGUUUGUCUGGGGUCUUCAGCUUGAUGAAGAAGAACAAAAACCUGGUAGUGAUGAUGUCUUCAUGGAGGAAGAGGUGCUCCCAAAACCCUCUGAUGAAGAAAUGAAGACUGAGGAUGGUGGUUGGACUGAGGUGAAGGAAACCGAGGAAGAGGAACCCUCUGUAAAGGAGGAGGAAAUGGAAGUAACUCCAGAUGCGACGAUACAUGAAGUUCCAGUUGGAAAGGGUUUAUCAGGGGCUCUCAAACUUUUGCAAGAACGAGGUACACUGAAGGAAGAUAUUGAAUGGGGUGGUCGAAACAUGGACAAGAAGAAAAGCAAGCUCGUAGGCAUACGUGGUGAGGAUGGGAAAAAAGAAAUACGCAUUGAAAGGACUGAUGAGUAUGGGCGAAUUCUGACUCCAAAGGAGGCUUUUCGGUUGCUUUCACAUAAAUUUCAUGGGAAGGGGCCAGGAAAGAUGAAGCAAGAAAAGCGUAUGCGGCAAUACCAGGAGGAGCUGAAGAUAAAACAGAUGAAAAAUUCAGAUACGCCAUCACUGUCUGUGGAGAGGAUGAGAGAAGCUCAGGCUCAAUCUAAAACACCAUAUCUUGUUCUCAGUGGAAAUGUUAAACCAGG